CUUAACGCCUAACCGUCACUAGACACUUACAACUAAUAAUCCUCCACCUCCACGAGAAGAAGAAUAUUCUCAAGAGUGACCAAACAAAUCCAAGCACUGAAAGCAGCCAAAUUCCCCACUAAUCACUAAUCACUAAGCACAGCCCAAUCUCAGCAAAACCCACUUCCUUCCCCCAUUUACCCCAAAAAAGGAAAAAAAGAAAAAGAAACAGAAAAGACGCACCAACAAUUUAUUAUCAUCAAUCCAAAACUCUCUCUUAUUGCUUCAACUACUUCUCUUUCUCUUCCCUUCAUUUUUGGUGACAUCUUUUUCUUCUUCUUCUUGUAGCUGUCCCAUCAUCUUGGUUCUUGCAAUUGUGUACUAUUGUAAAAGCUAAAGAAAUGGCUCUAUAUGGGGGUGUUUCUGCUUUGAAUUUAAGCUGGCAUAGUGAUGUCUUAGACACUAGAAAUCUGCAAUCAGCCCUUAGAUGUGGUUACGCUACCUGUUCUAAUCAAACCAAUGUACUAGCUUUUAGAGGCAGUGAAUCUAUGGGCCAUGCUUUGAGAAAUUCUUCUAAAACAAGAUUUAGGAAUACUGGUAGCUGCCCUUUGAAGGUAGUUUGUGUGGACUAUCCUAGACCAGACCUUGAUAACACAGUGAAUUUCUUGGAAGCUGCCUACUUAUCAUCAUCUUUUCGAUCUUCUUCCCCUCCAGAUAAACCAUUGAAGGUUGUAAUUGCUGGUGCAGGAUUGGCUGGUUUAUCAACUGCAAAAUAUUUGGCAGAUGCAGGACACAAGCCUUUAUUGCUGGAAGCAAGAGAUGUUCUAGGUGGAAAGGUGGCUGCAUGGAAAGAUGAUGAUGGGGACUGGUACGAGACAGGCUUGCAUAUAUUCUUUGGAGCAUACCCAAAUGUGCAGAACCUGUUUGGAGAACUUGGUAUAAAUGAUAGAUUGCAGUGGAAGGAGCAUUCUAUGAUAUUUGCGAUGCCAAACAAGCCUGGAGAAUUCAGCCGAUUUGAUUUCCCAGAUGUUCUUCCUGCACCAUUAAAUGGGAUAUGGGCAAUUCUGAGAAACAAUGAGAUGCUGACAUGGCCAGAGAAAGUGAAAUUUGCAAUUGGACUCCUGCCAGCGAUGGUUGGUGGACAGGCCUAUGUUGAGGCUCAAGAUGGUUUAAGUGUUCAAGAGUGGAUGAGAAAGCAGGGCGUACCUGAUAGAGUGACUAAGGAGGUUUUUAUUGCUAUGUCAAAGGCGCUAAACUUUAUUAACCCUGAUGAGCUUUCAAUGCAAUGUAUAUUGAUAGCAUUGAACAGAUUUCUUCAGGAGAAACAUGGUUCAAAGAUGGCUUUCUUAGAUGGAAAUCCCCCAGAGAGACUCUGCAUGCCAAUUGUUGACCAUGUGCAGUCACUUGGUGGUGAAGUCCGGCUAAAUUCACGAAUAAAGAAAAUUGAAUUAAAUAAUGAUGGAACAGUGAAGAACUUUUUACUAAAUAAUGGGGAAGUGAUUGAAGGAGAUGUUUAUGUGGUUGCUACUCCAGUUGAUAUCCUGAAGCUUCUUUUGCCUGAUAACUGGAAAGAGAUUCCAUACUUCAAGAAGCUGGAUAAAUUAGUUGGAGUUCCUGUUAUUAAUGUUCACAUAUGGUUUGACAGGAAGCUGAAGAAUACAUAUGAUCACCUACUUUUCAGCAGAAGUCCCCUUCUUAGUGUUUAUGCGGACAUGUCUGUAACAUGUAAGGAAUAUUAUAAUCCAAAUCAGUCUAUGCUGGAGUUAGUUUUUGCACCUGCAGAAGAAUGGGUAUCACGCAGCGAUGAAGAAAUUAUUGAGGCUACAAUGAUGGAACUAGCAAAACUCUUUCCUGAUGAAAUAUCUGCAGAUCAGAGCAAAGCAAAAAUUGUUAAAUACCAUGUUGUCAAAACUCCCAGGUCUGUUUACAAGACUGUCCCAAAUUGUGAACCUUGCCGACCCUUGCAAAGAUCUCCUAUAGAGGGCUUCUAUUUGGCUGGUGACUACACAAAACAAAAAUAUUUGGCUUCGAUGGAGGGUGCUGUUCUAUCUGGGAAGUAUUGUGCACAAGCCAUUGUACAGGAUUAUGGGUUGCUUGUCGCUCGCAAGCAAAAAAAGUUGGCUGAGGUAACCGUAAUUUAAUGUUAACAAAGUUUGACUUGGGGAAUAACUUUUGGGAUUAAAAGAAAUUCAUGUAAAGAUCAAUUAGUGAUUAUGGGUCAAAAUAUCAGAAAAUUGUUGAUAUAUAUGCUACAAUUUGUAAAGCUCUUAGGAAAAGAAUCUUCUCUCAUAUAAAGCAAUUGGAUUCCUUGUCAUUA